CGCCCUUGUGUGGAGAAAAGUCGGCUUUGUAGGAAAUUGGGUUGGGUGGUUUUGUUCUUGACGGCAAAACGGUGGACCUGAACAAAUUUUUUGAGCAGAGAACACGCUCGCGGCUUCGUGGCCGAGACAGUCGGUUCACCAUCUCCUUGGGGUGGGGGAGUCCUGAAGAAUUGUCGUUAGAGUCUUCCUGCUUCUUCCGAUCUGCUUCUUCAACUAUGCAAUCCCUCAACCCAGUCUUCGUAGAGGAUUGGCUUGAAAUAUGCUGCCAGAACAGCAGUAGUCGCCUCUCAGUAUCAUCGCCAGCAGCGCCACCAUCAUCUGCUACAGAAAUCAUUCAAGCAUGGUCCCAGAUCAGAAAUUGCCUUCAAGAGAAGAACUUUCAACCCCAGCAUCUUCUCCCAUUCCGAACGCUCGUGAGCUCUCGAUUCUCACUUCGCGUGGCAGACUCGCAGGCCAGACUCCUCCUUUCCGCCCUUUCCUUCUCUUUCCCACCUGAAUUAGCACCAGAUUUCUGCUCUCUCAUUCUAAGACUCCUCUACAUCUGGGCGAGAAAAUCCGUUCACGGUAAUGUCUCUCUGCUUGAGUCUGCCGUCUCUUCUGCCUGUGAUCUUUUUUGCCAUUCUGGAUAUAAGGGGAAGUUUGUGGGAGAAGGGAUUCUGUUUUUGGGUGCGGUAUCUGCAGUACCCAUAUUGCCGGAGAGCUCGAGGAAGCUCUGCUUGGAGAUGGUUCUGAAGCUGUUGGAUGAACAAGGGAGUGGACAUGUCGGGGGUACUACGGAGGUUUUAAGUGGAAUUGGGUACUCUCUUUUUUCUUCCCAGAUGUACGAAUUUGAUAAGAUUAUUAAUUGGUUUCUUAAUGUGUGGGAUAGUUCGUGUGUUUUUUGUGCUUGUGUGUCUCACGGGCUCAUGAUUUUUCAUCUAAUGGAGUGGUUGGCUUCUCGUUGCAUUUCGUCUGGUUUCUGGGAGAAGAUUGAAUUGUUACUGGCCCGAAUGGGUGAGAAAACUCGUGGUGGAGACGAUGGCGUGGUGCCAUCUGGAGUCCAAUUUACUUUGAUCAUGUCAGCGGGUGGAGUUCUGAGGGGCUUGAAUAGGGGCAAUGGAGGUAAGGAUAUUGUUAGUCGAUUGAGAAAAUCAGCAGACAAUGUAAUUGAUACAAUAAUAAGCUGCAUCAUUGUUCAAAGCCUUGGGAGGAAUCCAGCAGGAGAAUUUGAUUACUUUGAUCAUGGUAGCAGUUCCACUGUUCUUCGCUGUAUUGCCUUGUGCUUGUGCCGUACGGGGCCGAUAUCAUUUCGUGCAAACGUGCUAACAUGCCUCGUGCUGGCGUUGUUGCAUGAGGUUUUUCCUUUGAUUUAUUUCUACGGCCAAAUUGUGACCAACUCUUCGGAGAGUUUGGCAGCGGUUGUUGCACACUUGGAGAGCAUUCUGUUCAAAGAGGCAGGAACCUUGACGAGGAUAUUGUGCAAUUUGUAUGUUCUGGCAAAUGAAGAACAAAAAUCGCUAGUGGAGAAUUGUAUCUGGAACUACUGCGAUAAAGUCUAUUCCAAACAAAGGCGAUUUGCAUAUACAUUUGGAGAAAAGAGUGAAUUGCUGAAAGGGUUGGAGAAGAUUGGAGAAUCUGCAUUCCUUAUGAUUGUUAUCUUUGCAUCGACUGCGACAAAACACAAAGCUAGCACACAACCUACCGGUGAAAUCCAGUUGGGCCUUUCAUGGAGGACGCUUUCUGCCUUCUCAUGCAUAGAGUAUUUCCGCAGGGUGAGGAUUUCGGAAUAUGCUGAAACGGUCAGGCGCUCAGUAUUGUGCAUUAAGGAUGACACAUCUGCUUGUUCCUCUCUUGUUGAAAUGCUGCCUUCGUAUGCCGAAAUUACCCGACAAGGUUGGAAUAUGAACUACGUUUGGUUUAAGGAUGAGGUGCAGACUGCCCGUAUUCUUUUCUAUUUACGGGUUCUUCCACCAUGUGCAGAGAAAAUUCCCACAAGUUUGAUUCAGAAAAUCCUUGCACCUAUGGUGUUUUUAUACAUGCAUCAUCCUGAGGGGAAGGUGGCUAGAGCUUCACAUUCACUAUUUUUGGCUUUUAUGUCUUCUGGAAAAGAUGCCUUCGAUGAUCACAGAACCUUGUUGAAAGAGCAACUGGCUUUCUAUUACAUGCAAAGAGCAUUAGAGGGAUAUCCAGGGGUGACCCCUUUUGAGGGUAUGGCAUCUGGUGUCGUUACCUUGAUCCGCAAUCUCCCUGCUGGAUGUCCAGGCAUAUUUUAUUGCGUAAAUAGCAUCAUUGAGAAAGCAAGGAUUAUGAGUCAGGGUAAUGAACCAACUGAAAAUCAGCAAGAGUGUUCAGAGCCUUGCAAGAAACUGCUAGAAUUCCUGCCCCGACUUAUUCUCCUGGUGGAUAUACAGGUACUACCGGGGUUAUUGAAGCUCUUGGCGCAGCUCAUUGUACAUUUAAGGGGACAUCCCUUGACCAUAGUACUCGAUGGUAUUUACGCUCUUGUGGCAGAAUCUGAUGAUGUUACAAGAAAGCCCCUUUUGGUUUCGUGGGUGCACUCAGUUACUUAUCUCUCUUCUCAAGCUGGAAAAAAUAACAGCAGUAAUAGCCACACAAAUAUUUUGGUGGGCAAGGGCCUAGAUGUUGGAGAUGGUUCUUCACAAACUGCAGGCAUUUCUCCCCCAAACAAGACGUGGGGGAGUUAUUUCUUUCCUGGUUCCAGACUCUAGAAUACUGACACUAGCUGAUGGUGGACUAUAAAUACUUUUGGUUGCAAAAAUUUUAGCUGGUAUACAGUAUACACCUGCAUUAAACAUGAGAUUGGGCAAUAGGGCUAAGUCAAGUUAAUUAUUGUCAUCAGCAAAAGGGGUCAGGCCCAUCCAUCUGGAUACUACCUUUCUGGAUAAGUUUGUUUUGCCUCAAACAACACGCUUGAGAGUCUUAACUCUUAAGCUUGCUGAUUAGUAGAGCAAUCUACUUCCUAGGCAAUGGGCUACACAGCUUUAGGAUGUUGUCUGUGUUAUUAAUGUAUAUGAUUAGCUGUAGAGCUGCAGCAGAAUUAAAUAUUUGAAGAUGGUUAUGCAUCGCAGCAACUUGUGUAGCAAAAUUUUAUUUUAUGCUGACAAGAAGAACCACUUGUUAGAUACCAUCAAAAUAUUUGGCCAAAGCAACUGAGCAUUGACAUGAAAAUGACAUAGAGAAGCUCAUCCAAUAACAAUUCUCACGAGCAGCAGAGAAUAUGAGAGUCUCAAAUUGUUCUUCGGGUCAGAGAUUUACAGGAAUUGGUCACUUUGGUGACAAAUGAGCAGAAGGGCUGAUACAAAUUGCAGUCGUCUUCUGAAUUCAGAGGGUAGUUGCACUCAGAGAGCUGAAAUCCUUGUUGCAAUAAGGGGAGAAGCCAAAUAGCAAUUAAACCUGCCAAUCUGCCUUCAGAAUUCUUGCGGGCCAUAUACCUCCCAUAGCAAAUACUUCAUCUACUUUCUUGUCUAGGCGCAUGAGCUGGUGGAAUCAGCAUUUUGAGCAAUCCAUGGGUGCUCGAGAAUUUUUUGUAGUGAUAGCCGCUUUGAAGAGUCCUUGACCAAGAGCUGCACAAGGAAUUCUAAAAUGAGCACAAAAAAAUCAUGCAAGUGAUUUUGCUCUACAAAUUAAGUCUGUUUUUGUCAUGCAUAUAUUGCUGGGGUGGAAGGGAAGCUAAGAUCAACCCUCAGAAUCCUGCAAAACAAUGUCUUCACUCAAGUCAAGAUUUGCAAACCUACUUCCUUGGGGAGCGGGUUAAGAGACUUAACCUCCUGAAGGUAUCCGACUGGCUUUCAGCUUCGAAAGGUGGUACACCGUACAGGAAUUCAUAGCAGAGUAUGCCCAAACACCAAUUAUCAACAGUGUGAUCAUGUAAUCUGUUUUCCACCAUUUCCGGUGGUAGAUAAUCCAGAGUCCCGCACAUGGUUUGCCGUUUUGUUUUGGAGUGAACGGACCAACCAAAAUCAGCGAUUUUCAGCUGACCCUGUCAACAAUACGUUAUCGCUAUUAAGGCAUAAAAAACUGGAAUGUCCAAGCCGCAUCCCACAAAUAUUAUGUUACUGUAUUCCCAAUCUUACAAACAAGCGUGAUUCGCUUGUUUCAAUUACACUGAAUUUAUGUACUGAGCGCUUCCUGCAAUGUUAUUGUUCUUGGACUUUUUUGUUCA